CCCAAUACAUCUAAAACUCUUUCUUAUUCAACCUCUAUAUCAAUUUUUCUCACUUGGGUAUCUUUUUAUUUUCAUCUAAAAAUCCCAAAAAAAAAAUUACUUCUCUUUUCAAAGUGUAUUUGAUUUGAGGGUACGUCUCUAUUUUGAUUCUUGACUGAAAAUUUUAAUAAUGGGUGAUGAGAAAAUUAAGAAUCUUGUGAACACUGAAGCGGGACGAGUUUCGGUUGAGGCUAAAAGUGAAAGAAGAAAUAACAAUCUUCCUAAUUUUCUUCUAUCAGUUAGGCUCAAAUAUGUGAAACUUGGUUACCAUUAUUUGAUUAGCAAUGCUAUGUAUGUGUGUUUGGUACCUAUUUUGGGUGUGCUUUCAGUUCAUCUUAUGACUAUUUCUGUGGAAGAUUUAGUCCAAUUAUGGGAUAAGUUGAAAUUCAAUCUUGUCACAGUAAUUUUUUGCUCUGCUCUAGUGGUAUUUUUAGGUACACUUUAUUUUAUGACAAGGCCUAGGAAAGUGUACUUAGUGGAUUUUUCAUGUUACAAACCUAAGCCAAAUGUUAUGUGUCCUAAGGAAAUUUUUAUGGAAAGGUCAAAACAAGCCGGAAUUUUCACUGAGGAGAAUUUAGCGUUUCAAAAGAAGAUAUUAGAGAGAUCAGGAUUGGGACAAAAGACAUAUUUUCCGGAGGCGCUUUUGAGAGUGCCUGCAGAGCCUAAUAUGGCCGAGGCGAGGAAAGAAGCUGAAAUGGUGAUGUUUGGUGCCAUUGAUGAAUUGUUGGCGAAAACUGGAGUGAAAGCUAAGGAUAUUGGGAUUCUUGUUGUGAAUUGCAGCUUGUUUAAUCCAACUCCUUCACUUUCUGCUAUGAUUGUUAACCAUUACAAGCUGAGGGGAAAUGUUAUGAGCUAUAAUCUUGGUGGUAUGGGCUGCAGUGCUGGACUCAUUUCUAUUGACCUUGCCAAACAACUAUUACAGGUCAAUCCUAAUUCAUAUGCACUUGUAGUGAGUAUGGAAAACAUAACACUCAAUUGGUACUUUGGCAACAAUAGAUCAAUGCUCGUCUCAAAUUGCAUAUUCAGAAUGGGAGGUGCUGCAAUUCUGCUAUCAAACAGAUCAUCAGAUCGUCGUCGUUCAAAAUACCAGCUAAUUCACACAGUACGUACACACAAAGGCGCCGAUGACAGGAGCUAUGGCUGCGUUUUCCAGGAGGAGGACGAGAAUAAGGAGGUCGGUGUUGCCCUAUCGAAGGACCUAAUGGCCGUUGCAGGGGAAGCGUUAAAAACCAACAUCACUACCCUCGGGCCAUUAGUCCUACCUAUGUCCGAGCAACUUUUAUUUUUCAUGAUAUUAGUCGCGAGAAAAAUCUUUAAGAUGAAAAUCAAGCCUUAUAUACCGGAUUUCAAGUUGGCAUUCGAGCACUUCUGCAUACACGCGGGAGGAAGGGCCGUGCUGGAUGAGCUCGAGAAGAAUCUCGAGCUCAGCCAGUGGCAUAUGGAACCAUCAAGAAUGACACUUUAUAGGUUUGGUAACACUUCAAGUAGUUCUUUGUGGUAUGAAUUGGCUUAUUCUGAAGCUAAAGGGAGAAUAAGAAAGGGAGAUAGAACAUGGCAAAUUGCAUUUGGCUCAGGAUUUAAGUGUAAUAGUGCUGUUUGGCAAGCUUUGAGGACUAUUAAUCCUGCUAAAGAGAAGAAUCCUUGGAUGGAUGAGAUUGAUGAUUUCCCAGUUGAAGUGCCUAGAAUUGUGACAAUUAGUUGAUUCUUGAAAAAUGUUUUUAUUUUUUACCAAGCAAAAGUUAUCUUAAGUAUAUCAUUCUUUGUUACCUAAAAGAUUUCCUUGUACAAUGCUGUUUAAUUAUUUAUAAAAGUAAUACCACAGUUUCUGUUUUUUGUCAA